GAGUUUGCAGUUCUUGCUUCAGUGCAACAUGUCAUCAUGCAGGUACCAGCUUUGGCUACGGACGCUCCAGGAUCCGGCGCUCCUGUCGGAGGAAGCUCUCCACCACAGAAGGUACCUCCAGGAGCCGUGCAGAAGUACUGGACGCCUAACAGGCCUAACAUGGGAUGCCACAUUCGUGUGGAUCUGACAACUGGCGUUCCCGAGUACAAGGAAUACCUGGAGAGUCUGUCCUGGGUGCAUCGCCGUGGGCUCCGAACUGACGGCGCUGUACUCUACAGAGAUACGGUUGAUCGCAAACGGCCGCGCAAUGCGUCAGUGGCCACGAUCAAGCUCAAGCCAGAGGGCGCUCCGCAGCACCUGGAGCAGCAGGACGUCACAGCGUACUUCGCAUUUGGGGAGAUGGCUGUGACGGACUUCGUAGAACGGCAGUUGGCAUUUUUGCAGACGUCUGGGCCUAUGAGGAGGAUCUACAGGAAGUUGCCAGGGACAUUGACCACAGAACAGCUGGGCAAUCAGGUGUCCGAAGCAGCUCGUGGGGAGAAGCUGGCGCUGGAGCGCUGCCAGCAGCUCGGGUGCAUCUUUCAGGCCACAGAGAACGAGAACUACGAGUACGGCAACAACAUCUUCUAUGCGAUGUUGGAUGUCAGCUCAUUCUUCAACUAUGGACAUGAGCUCUACCUGACGGAUAAUGGAGUCGUCCUGUCGUACAACGACGUCGCGGUGAUGUACCUGACCUUCCAUUACCGUCCACCUCACGCCUCAAGCAUGAGAAGAAGCAAUGUGAAGCAGGGGUAA